UCAUAUCAAACUGAAGUGUAAGUCACCUUACCCAACCCAUUACACUUUAAUAAUGCAACCCUGAACCCACAUCACAGCCCCAUAAGUUAGAAAAAAGCUUUGAAUUCCAAAAAUUCCAUAAACUCUAAAUGAAAAAGAUCAUAAAAGUUGAUAUGACCAACAGCCAAAGUCAUCCACUAAAUCAAAAAUAUAACCGUGCGUUCAUUAGAAUUGUUGUUUGUUUGAUAUUAAUGGCGUUUGUUUAUCGUUUCUAUUUCUCAAGUUCUAUUCAGAUUUCUCCGGCCAUUGUUGGUGAUAACGACUACAAGUUGCCACCACCGGUGGCUGUGGCUAACUUGACACUCUCUGAUGAGUUUCCAGCGAAUAAGACCGCAGUUCGCCAAGAUUCAGGAUCAAUAGAAUGUGAUAUUUUCUCGGGAGAAUGGGUCGGGGAUUCAACUGGUCCACGUUACACGAACCACAGCUGCAACACCAUUGAACACCAUCAGAACUGUAUGAAGAACGGCCGGCCUGAUACAGAUUACAUCUACUGGCGGUGGAGCCCUUUCGACUGUAACAUAUCCACAUUUGACCCGAAUAUGUUUCUUCGUUUCAUGAGAAACAAAGCAAUGGCCUUCAUCGGUGAUUCAAUCUCACGAAACCAUGUCCAGUCAUUGCUUUGCAUUCUUUCUCAGGUUGAAGAAGCAGUUGAAGUAUACCAUGAUGACGAAUACAAGAGCAAAAGAUGGUUCUUUGGAUCACACAACUUCACACUCUCAGUAAUCUGGUCACCCUUUCUUACAAAAGCAAAAAUAUUCGAAGACAAUGAUGGGCAUUCUUCGGGUGCAAUCGAGCUCCAUUUAGAUGAGCUUGAUUCAGUUUGGGCUGAUCAGUUCAGUAACUUCAAUUACAUCAUGAUAGCAGGUGGAAAAUGGUUUCUAAAAUCCGCGAUAUAUUAUGAAAAUAACAUAAUAACCGGGUGUCAUAACUGUAACAAAGAGAAUGUAUCAGAAGUUGCAUUUCAUAAUGCAUAUAGAAAAGUACUCCAUACAGUUUUUGAUUUCAUAACAAGUUCAAAAAACCAUGAAAUGUAUGCAUUUUUUAGGACAACGAUACCGGAUCACUUUGAAAACGGGGAAUGGAAUACAGGAGGGUAUUGUAACAGGACGGUUCCGUUUCAAGAUGGAGAGAUUAGUAUGAGGGAUAUUGAUAUGUUAAUGAGAGAUGUGGAGCUAGAAGAACUUGGCAAGGCCAAAGAGGGCAAGAACGGGUCGUUUUUGAGGUUGUUUGAUAUGACACGUUUGUCGUUAUUGAGACCCGAUGGUCACCCUGGCCCGUACCGCGAGUUCCACCCGUUCGACAGAAAAGAUAGAAAUGUGAAAGUUCAGUACGAUUGCUUGCAUUGGUGCUUACCUGGGCCGAUAGAUUCAUGGAAUGACUUAAUGAUGAACUUAUUGCUCCACGGUUGAGUAGAAACAACAAAAAAAAAAAAAGUGCAAUGUAUAGUUUUGUUCAAUUUUUAUUUCUUAUUUAGAAGUUUCUAUAUUUCACGUA